GAUUACCUCACCUUUUGAUCGAUGUGUUUCAGGUGCCUACUUUGAACUUCAACAGAAAAGUUAAAACAUGGCGCUUUCCAUGACCACGUCUUCGCGUUUUUGGAACAGAUGACGAAGCAUUGCUGGAGAAAAUCACAGAGCAUAGAAAUAGAGAAAAUGGAGGGUUUCAGGGAGUCCAAAACUGUCAUGGAUCGCUCUUUGUUUGAGAAGGCAGUGAAAUUGCAUGGUGUGAAGUUGGAGCGCUUAGUGAAAGAAGAACAAGGGGCGAGUUUUCUCGUCCUUGAUCAUGUUGAUGUGAAAGAUGUGCCGCAAGUUGAAAAUUCUGUAAAGACCUCUGGCUUGUCAACUUCCUCCUUGAAACUUAAGCACGAAAGGAAAAGGAGCAUGGACGAAACAUCUGGCAAACAAUUCAUCGACAAACUUCAUGGAUUCAUUGCAAGGAAGGCAGACUUGCUAUUUCAGCAACAAGGUAAUGAAGACCAGCCCCUCAAAGAAUCCUCGCCAGUUAAAGAUGCUGAGAAAUCGGACUACUAUGCAAUCCUUCCUCCUCUGGAGCAGUUUCUUGAAGUCCACCCGGACGUUUGCCAAGAGAGACUCUUUGAUGUCCUCAAAGUUGGGGAUGUUGUCGUGGGACAAAUCCUCAGCACCAAGGAGUUCGGCAUCUUUGCCAAACUCCUGGCACUGUGCCGAGACACCUUCCGUUUCCUGGAGGAGUGCGAGGUUGUCGCCUUGCUGCCGGCGGCAGAGCUGAGGGACAAAUUUUCCCAUGUGGCCUCGGUCGACGAUUUCCAGAUAGGAGAUCUCCUUCGAGCAUUAGUGAUCAAGAUCAACCCUGUGGAGCAGAAGGUCAUCAUCUCCUUGCAUUCCAAAGAUGACUCCGGAGAUAAUGGUAGCUUGGGCCUCAUCACAGAAUCAGAGCUUCCAGUUCAUUACCGUCGCAGUGUGCUACAGAUGAACACGCAGGAGACAUACGAAGACAUGCUGCACAACACGGUGGGCUUUGACAACCCAUUCAACGUGGCUAACCUCGGUGCCAAACUUGGACUGAACGAUGCCUGCCCAUUGUCGCUCAUGAGAGGCUUACAAAGGAGUAAUUUCCCUGAGAAGGAGUACGCAGAACCGCUGAGAAAGUGGCAAACAAAUCGCUGGUCCAUGGAAAGUGUUGCCAAAGGGGUGGCAUAUUUCAAGGCCGGGCAGUUACUUGACGCCAUGCAGCAUCUCAACAAAGCCCUGGAGAUCGAUGAGGAGAACGUGGAAGCCUUGGUGGCCAGAGGAGCUCUAUAUGCAAACAAGGACCUUCUCUCCAAGGCUCUCCAAGACUUUGGAAAGGCACUUAAGAUCAACCCUAAUCACCGUAAUGCCAACAAGUACAUGUGUGAGACCCUCAUCGAAAGGGGAAAGCAACAUGAGGAAGCUGGAGAAAUUGAGAAGGCUGUAGACUGCUACCAGACGGCCACCGACAUCAAGCCAGACUUCUUGGAAGCUCAGCUGUGCCUAGAAAAGAUCAACAGAACACGGACACCAAUAAACAAAGUUGCCUCGCCUGAGUCUAUCUCAUCUCCUUCCCUCACCUCCCCUGAAGUCAUGUCAGUGGAAGCUCUCCGACAGCUGGUGGAUCCCAAGGAUAACAUCUCAAAAACCAAGAGAAUCUCUGAGAAAACCAAGAAAAAGAAAAAGAAGAAGAAGCAAGAAAAGGACAAAUCCUCAAGGAAGAGAGACAACGAAGGGACACCUCCAGGAAGGAGUCAAAGUAAGAAGAGGGGGAGAUACUCAAGUGCUGAGUCUUCCCAGUCUUCACGUUCAAGGUCAAGAAGCCGUCAUCGAAGUAGGAAAAAAAGUUCCGGAGAUAGCAGGAAGUAUGAAAGGUCAACUUCACGAAAGAGAAAGAAGAAAGCUAGGGGUAGAAGAAGCCAUGAGUCUGUUUCUUGUUCCAGAAGUGACAGUUCUGACAGGUCACUGUUGCGGCGUUCAAUGUCAAGAAGUCAACAAAGAAGUGCAAGGAAGGCUUCCAAAUAUGCCAAGAAACACAGACGGAGGCAAUCUUCUUCCUACUCAAGAAGCAGUAGCUCUAGUUCUCAGUCUUAUAGAUCUAGAUCGAGAUCAAGAAGUCGCAAAAUUAAAGCAUCCACAAGACAUGGCAAAUCCUCAUCCAAGAGAAAGUUGGAUGUUGUUCAACAUUCAAGUCGCUACUCUGUCUCGAGAAGUAGAUCUCAGUCACCAUAUACAGUCAGUGACAGUUCUUCCACAUCUGAAUCUCCAAGAAGGUCAAACUCAAGAAGUCUUGACCAAAGUAGGAGUAGGAGCAGAAAAGACAAAACAGGCAAAAGAAGUUCUACAGGGAAAUCUAAAACAACCGAGAGAAGUCGCUCCCGUUCCCUAUCUGCUGGUACCAGACGCAGAACUCUGUCUGCAGGAUCUCAAAAAUCUAGAAUCACUAAAAUAGAAUCUACGAAAAUUGGUGGCACUGCGCUUUUGGCUGAAAAGUUUGAAGCAGUCUCGGAUGUUCAAGAAAGGAUGAAGGAAAAUACCACUUCGAAAUCCAAGACCUUCAAGACAGAUUCAAAACAGCUAUCUUCUGGAGCAGACAGAAGGGAUACUUAUCCCUCAGAUGAGAGGUACAAGAGUAAACACAGCAAAAAGACAGAGAUGCCAAUAGCAAAAGGUCCUCUGAAAAGAAAUCAAGAUGCACAGAAGCUGUCAGUUGACGAAGCUUUGAGGACACCUGAAAAGGGCAGAGGAUUACGAGAGAGAGAGGAAGCUGCUAAGGUCAAACUGAAAGACAGUAAAUGUGAGCUACAGUCUAGAAGACGCUUCACUGAAACCAGGGAGAGAAGAAGUGUAGAAGAAAGCAGGAGAAGAAGAUAUAGCUACUCAGACUCAGAGAGUAUCAGUGACAAUAGUGAAGAUGAACACAAGAAACAUCUUAAGGAAACUGCUUCUCAACGCUCCUCAUUCAGUUCCACCUCUCAGAAGGCCCAAAGCAUUGAUAGAUCUAAGAAGGGCCAGCCAGGUUCUCAAGGUGGUAAGCCACAAGAUAGAAAAGGAAAAGAUAGAAAAAGCUCAAGCUGUAAAGAUCGCCAUUAUCGUCAAAGCAGCUCCAGGAGUGCCUCAUCAGAUGAAACCUAUUCAUCAGGGACGAGCUACUCUAGUUACAGUGUGUCUGGAAGCCGCUCAUACAGUUACAGUAGCUACAGCAGUUCAGGGUCGUAUAGUGACUCAGAUGAAAGUUGCAGUCAUCAGAAGGACUCUGACAAAAAGAGUCGAACCAAGAAAAACAGAAGAGCUUCAUUAGAGGCCCAAGAGAAAUCAAAGACGUCCAAAUUGAAAGAGGUCAAAUCAAGACAGUCAAAAGAUGAAGAGGACGACAGUGAAAGUGAUGUAGAUACUGGUAUCUAUGAGAUCUCCAGGGACCAUCUAGAGAUGUACAUGGACAGCAAAAGCUAUCAGCUUAAGAAGGCGGAUGUUUCACCACUGAAGCACAGGAAGAGAUGGAGAUCAGGUGAUGAGGAUGAAAUUGUGAGUGACAAGAAGAUGAAGGCUGGGCAGAGAAGAGGAAAAAACCCUCCAGAUGAUGGCAAGAAAGAAAAAACUCCCUCUUUCGUUGCCAAGUCUAAGGAAUCGCAAAAGACUUCCAAGUUACAGUCAAUUGUUCCUCAAAAAAGUGAUACUAAGGUACCUUUAAGUGCACCAUCUCAUCUGCCUCCUGUUUCUAAGUCAGCAGUUUCUAAUGUCAACAUCUUUCAGUCAGGGGCUCCUGAUGAUGGUCGCCAUCAGUCAAUGCGUCCAAGUCAAGAACGUCCAGGGCAACUUGCACAGUUUGACAGAACUCCUGAUCAGACCGGAGGAACUGAUAAAAGCCACCAACAGCAGCAGCUUGUACCAGGAAUCCCAAAGCCAUCCAUCUCUGAAGCCAAGAACCGUGGAUCAAAAUCAGUUCUAAUACCUUCCCAGGAUAGAGGGAAAUCCUAUCAUACAACUCCUCAUGAAACAGCUUAUGAGCCAGGACCUUCUCAUCGGGGUCAAGUGUUCACUCCAGAACAACUUUCUGUCAUUAAAUCCAUUUCAAAACACUUGGCCCAGACUCAUCAGACAGUCUCGCAUGUAGGAACCUCAGUGAUGCCUGUUGAUACAGAUAAAUCACAGUACUAUAAGAAAGAUCAAGAGGAUCAGGGUCAAGGGUCAUCAGAGAUCACAAAUCAGUCAAGGUCUGUACAAGGUCAUCAAAUAGGCGUGAUUAUGACAGAGCGGCCCAGUGAUACAUUUGUACAGAGUGAAUACCAUCAGGAAAUAUCAGAGAGAAGUGAUCCUCCCUUGGAUGAGCCCCAGUGUAGAAGCAAAAGAGGGAGAUGGGAUGUAAGAGUACCAGACAAAGAUGGAGGUUUGGAUUCUGGGCAUGCAAGAGGAAGCAGUCUCGCACAUGUUGGUAGUAAACCUAUUCCUGUCUCUAUUGACUACAAACAUGGAAAAGACACUAGCUCAAGCUACGAUAACAAUUCCAAAGGUUAUCGGGAGAGAGAAGUGAUUGUUUCGGACAUGCCAAGAGCAAGUGCUCAUGAAAGAUUCGUGUAUAGGACACAUGACCUAGACCACACGGGAGGCAAACUGCUUGAAGUAGGAAGAGAUCCAUAUGAGAUCAGCCAGCAAGAAACUGAUGAUACAUCAAGACACAGAGGUCAUCACAGCAGAGAUGGAAGAUCACAAAAUGAGAGGGUUAGAGGCAAGAGGUCUGAGGGCAGUAUGUGUGAGACAAGACUAGAUGUAGUUGAAAGCAACGAUAUUUAUGCAACUAGAAGUGGUGAUAGGGUUCAGGUUGUUGACUAUCAGCAUGGAAAAGGUGAUAGAUACCAUGAGAAACAUAGAUCUGCUCGUGAUGAGAGGAAUCUGGAUGACAGACAUGAAAGUAGACACCACAGCAGACACCAUGACAGACAGCAUGAGAGACAUAGUGAUAGACACUAUGGGGAUCACCAAAGGUCCCUUGAUCAACGCCACAGUGAUUCUCGAAGAAUCUGUGAGCCGGGAUCUGCUGACAGACGACACUAUCAUGGCCGAGACAGGCACAGGGACACUCACAGAGACAGGUAUCACGGCAGAUCCAGUGAUAAGUACAGGGAUGCAACCCCCGUGGCACCAAAGGAGAGUAACCCAUUCCACCAGCUUGUCUCCUCCAGCAAGGACAUGCAGGUCGCAGCAUUGCACAGCGAGGGCAAAUGGGGCCAUGAUGGCAGUCCAGAGGAUAUGAAAUCAUCCCGUCUUUGGUGGCUAUGAUUAGACGUGGGCCUCAAAGAGGGUCUGCAUGGCUGCCAUCUUACAAGACAAUGCUUUUGUUCAAAACAGGAACUACAAAGGAGGUUUCCGUGCGGAACAAAAGAACUGCCCUACGAGAUGGCUACCAUGCAAACCCUCUAGAAGUGUGUCAUUUUUAAACUACUGAAUUCAUUUGUACACUCUUGAAUUGAAGGUCCCAGACUGUUUCCUGAUUUCAGGGAUUAGUUCACUGUGAAAGAACUUUACCUUAGGCCCAAAACGUGAAAAGACGUCCAGCUGUGAUGUAGAAUUAUUCAUCAGAGCAUAAUGAGGUUUAAGUACAAUUUGCCCAAGUAAUUUGCAUCUUUUUUAAGUUAAAAUAUGCAGCGAUGUACUUCGUAUGUGGUGUUGAAAGCUGUUUCUUUUCCACACUUGCAUUAGCCCAUCUGACUGCUACCAUGCAUACCCUCGAAGAUGGAUUCCUCUAUGACAUCCCUAUGGGUCACUUAAGACUGACUUACUUUGAACAAUAAGAACACUUUUAAUACAUCCUGCUUGCAACAAGGAAAAUUUUAGGCCCUUAGUCUUUUUGCUCUGUUUUUUUUUGGGGGGGGGGCUCGGGGGCUUUUGGCCCCUCUCCUAAAUGCAAAUGUGAAAAAGCAGGAGCGGAAAUUAAAAGGUAAUGCUACGGUGGAAGGGUCUAGGCCCCCCAAAAAAUUGGUUCUGGAACAGCGCCUGGUUACAGGCAAGGGUAAAGGCCUUGCCAGCUCAUUUUUCCUACUAGCUUUGGAAACAGAAAGGGCAUUAAUUUGAUGAACACCUAAAUUCCGCCCAUAAUCGGCAGUAACAAGUAAUUGCAAAAUCCUCUUUGAGAAAAAUUGUGGGUUGUUUCAAUCACAUUGAAGUAAGGAAUUAGACUAGAGGAUGUUCAAUUGACAACUGUUUCAAUGCAUAUCUUGGUGGGCAGAGUUCAAUUGAGUAAAGAAAACGUGAGCACAGCAAAAAAAGACAACAUGGAAGUCCGAUGAACAAUUAUAUCUCUUGGUUAAAGAUUUAGAGUUCUGUUUUCAUAUCACUGAUGACCUUUCAACUGUAACACAAGGAUUGAUGAAAUAAAACAUUUACUGUGAUUUUUAAAUAUUUAUUGGAUUUUCCUGCAAAUAUACAAGAUGCUCAAGCACCCGAUGUAAGGCAUUCCCAGACACCAUCCAUGUGUGGACUUCAUUAUCCUUCGUAAAUGGAGCGGUAAUUUCCGAAAUCUGCAGGUGGAGCUAAGCCCCCCCCCAUUAGCGCCACCUUCGGUGAGUUGACUUUUCUUCGUCCAAAUGUGGCUAGUGCCGGGGCCGGUGGACGCCCUUAGCUCGAGCAUGCGCACGUUUUUUGGUCACAGGCGGCCUCCUACAAAUGGCGUUAUUGCCAAUCUCACCUCGUGGAAGCAGUUUUCCCCAGUGAAAUUUCGGACUUGAAAUCCCUUUCAAUAAAGACUAUCUAGAUCUCUGGCAGAGUUUUGUCAUACCAGCAGGAAACUGAGAUUUAAUUAUUUAAUUACUGAAGCUUUAUUGACAUGAAACAUACGGUGGGUCACACAGGACAGAGCAGAAUGUUUAAUGUUGCAGAAUUCUGAAGUGGGUCUGGUACAAAGUCGCGAUUUUCAUCUACGCACACGGACAAGAUCAUCGUCCGACCAGCCGUAAU